AUGUCGCUCCUCCGCACCGCCAUGCGCGCGCGCGUCUCCGCGCGUGCGUUCUCGACGACCCCCGCGCGCCUCGACGUCACCGUCCCCGGCGGUGUCAACCCUACCUCGGUCGGCCCCAAGUUCGACGCCGAGUCCGAGCUCGACUCGUUCGUCGCCCCCGCCCGCUGGUCGACCAAGCACGUCCAGCCCGCCGACGUUGUUGCUGGCCGUGACGCUGGACCCCCCACCGAGCACGAGGACGCUAAGGAGAUCACCUUCGACGUCGUUUCGGACGCCCCUAGGGAGCUGAGGCACCGUCAGGUCCGCAUCUUCAAGCCGACCAAGAACACGAUGCAGUCCGCCAAGGGCAAGACGAAGGUCUGGCGCAUCGACUGGGACGUUCUGCAGGGUUCCGGACGGUGGGAGAACCCGCUGAUGGGCUGGGCGUCGUCCGCCGACUACAUGCAGGGUACGACGCUCGCGUUCCGCACGCGCGAGGACGCCUGCCGCUUCGCCGAGCGCCAGGGCUGGGAGUACUACGUCCAGGAGCCCAAGGCCGCCCGCAUCCCCCCUAAGAGCUACGGUGAGUUUGCCAAUCCACACUUUGACUUCGACUCGCAGGCUCUCUACCACACGCACAUCCACUUCCCCAAGCCACUCCUUUUACGGCCCACAAAGCUUCUCCAAGAACCUACGCUGACAGUCACAGCCGAGAACUACACGCACGUUCCUGGCAAGCUCCGCAUUCACCACACCAAGUAG